GCAACACAGAGGAGAGUUGAAGAGAGUUCUACAGAGGACAGCUGGAUGCUGAAGGAAGUUUAAAAGGAAAAUCUCUUUGUGGUGUGAUUUAUUUAUUGGUUUUUUUUUUAGAGUAACUUGGAGGGGAAUAUUUUACGGCUCUACAGUUGCUCUUCAGAGGAAGUUAAAAAGGCUUCUUGUGGACUACCGGAGGAGCAGCUUUUGAAGUCGUCAAGACAACACAGUCCCGUGUACUUUGCCAUGAGACACAUCCUGUCCUGAAGCUCCCUCGACUCCAUGCAACGUCUUUCUCAUCACUUUACGCCAAUGGACCCUCAGGUCUGUCCGCCGCCUCUGAGCAGCAGCCAGUCAAUGAUCAGCGGCCUUGACAAAUCCCCGGCAAGCACCUACAAACCUGGCCACUCUCGGAACAGCAGCACCGGCUCCUCCAAACAUUCAAAGCAGUCUCGUGACUGGGAGGUGAUGGACGACUUGCAGCAGAUGGAUAUGUAUUCAGCUCCUGGCUCCUCUCUGGACCUCAGUAUCCCUGGGAUCUGUGAGGGCUACUUGAUGAAGAGGAGGAAGUACCCGCUCAAAGGCUGGCACAAGAGAUACUUCCUGUUGGAGAAAGGAAUUCUCAAGUACUCAAAGACACAGCAGGAUAUUCAGAGAGGGAAGCUCCAUGGCUCUCUGGAUGUCAGCCUUGCUGUCAUGUCCGUCAACAAGAAAUCCAAACGGAUAGAUCUGGAUGCCGGAGACAACCUCUACCACCUCAAGACAAAGAGCCAUGACAUCUUCUACAUCUGGCUGACCAAGCUGUGUGCCCAUCGUGUAUUUAGGAAAAACGAGGCGAUGAGUGUCCAUCGUGGCGUCCUUCAUGCUCUCUCCAUGGGCCACAGUACCCUGCCAGCCAUGGCCACGCUUGCCCAGAAAAGCAGAUCAACACCCCCUCACUAUGCCAGCUCAGCCUCAGUGUACCAACCAGAGAUGGGCAGCCCCGCCCCUGCCAUCGCCUCUAACCCAGGGGUGACCAGCAAGGUGUCAGCCUGGCUGCAGCAGACCCAUGACAUAGAUGCAACCUCUAAUGACCUGGCUCGCUGUCAGGCAGAGCUGACUGAACUGGCUCAGCUUAUCCAGCGACUCCAUUGGCUGGAAGGAGGCCUGCCAAUCACAAAUACAGACCUGGAGAUGAGAAUCAGCAUGCAGAAUCUUUCUCUGGAGAAACCCAAGAAGAAGGUGGGGAAAGUGUUUGGUCACUCCAGGACUCUGUCCCGUGUUGAAGCCAUGGGGGGAAUGUUCACGUCCAGCCACCUGAGUACCAGUAACUGCUCUGGUCUGGGGGCGUCUGUCCAGUCUAUCCCUGGCUACGUCUACUCUCAGCUGUCCAAUCCUCAGGUCACCUCACCUGAGGCCAAGAAGCUCCACCAGGACAUCUGCACUGUUUCCCAGAGAGUUCAUGCUUCUCUCAAGUCCGUCCACGAAGUUUUAUCGUUUGAGCGAGAAAGACUGAGGCAGGCCUGGACCAGCCCAGACCUCAGGCAGAACACCUCACAGCAGCUUGCUACACUGUGUAGCACACUGUCUGAGCUUGACAUACAGUCGCGUCUGACCAAAGUCCACUCGCUUUCCCUGUCCUCUGACUCUACCGAGGAAUCCUUCUGCACUGUCCGUCCAGACCAGAGGACGCCGUCUAUGGGUCGCCACAGUCACCGUGCGCCCUCGGUGGCAGACUCCAUGAUGGAGUACUUUGACGCCAGCGAGGUGAUCGUGUGCGAGAGCUCGUCGGAAGCCGAGGCGUCGGACGAGUCGGGCCUGAGUGACAUCACCACCACCAGCAACUCGGAGCCGGAAGAGGGACACGCCACUGCCACCCUCAACUACAGAGCCAGUCUGAACAGCGCUUCUGAGAAACCCAGCCCAGCGCCCGCUGAUACCGGCCGUCGCACCACCAUGCCUGCCCCAGGAACGGACAACAGCCACAUUGGCAUCAUGACCAUCCUGUACAACAACAUCGGCAAGGACCUGUCCAGGGUCUCCAUGCCAGUGGCUCUGAAUGAGCCGCUGUCUUUGCUGCAGAGGCUCAGUGAAGAGCUUGAGUACUCUGAUCUGCUGGACAUCGCCAACCGCAUUGACGAUCCGUAUGAGAGGAUGGUUUAUGUGGCAGCAUUCUCCAUCUCUGGCUACGCCUGGGCGUCCUGGAGGUAUCGCUACAAACCCUUCAACCCCGUUCUAGGAGAAACAUACGAGAGCCACAGGGAAGACCGAGGCUUCCAUUACAUCAGUGAGCAGGUCAGCCAUCACCCGCCCAUCUCUGCCUGCCACGCUGAGUCAGAAAACUUCACGUUCUGGCAAGAUCAGAGAUGGAAGAACAAGUUCUGGGGGAAGUCAGUGGAGAUCAUCUCUUCCGGACUGGUCAAUGUUACCCUGCCCAAGUACGGCGAUCACUACGAAUGGAACAAGGCCGUGACAUGUAUCCACAACGUGCUGAGUCAGCAGCGCUGGUUGGAGCACUAUGGCGAGGUGGUCAUCAGAAACACAAAGAGCGACAUCUGCACCUGCAAGAUCACCUUCGUCAAGUCUCGCUACUGGAGCUCAGAUAAUAGUAAGAACGAGGUGCAAGGUGUGGUUCUGGACCAGGCUGGAGAGGUGGUCCAUCGCUUUGGAGGACUCUGGCAUGAAGGCAUCUUCUGUGACACUCUUUCUACACCACAGUGCAUCUGGAAGCCCAACGUUCAGCCUGAGGACCACUUCCAGUUCUACGGCUUCUCACAUUACGCCAGAGAGCUAAACGAACUGACGCCUGACCUGAAGGCCGUUCUCCCACCUACAGACACACGCUUCAGACCAGACCAGAGGCUUCUGGAGGAGGGGAAGGUAGCAGAGGCAGAUAAAAGGAAGGACGAGGUGGAGGAGAAGCAGAGGGAGAGGAGGAAGGAGAUGGCCAAGAGAGGGGAGGAGCACAUCCCCAGGUUUUUCAGGAAAUCCGUGGAUGAGGCUGGCAGAGAGGUGUGGCUGUACAACGGCACCUACUGGAAGGUCCGUAAAGAGCCAGGAUUCUCUAACACUGAAAACCUGGACCUGUGGUAGAGCGCCUAGCUUAACGCUGAGGCUGAAUGAAACCCGGCAGGUGCUAAACGCGUGUUAUCACGAUGAAGAUGAGCGAUGCGACCCUGUAUUAGUAAAAAUAAUUAAUUGUACUCAUGUUAGUUCAGUAACCUAGAAAGUGAAAUGACUUAUGACCACAUCUACAGAGACCUGCUGCUACCAGAACUGCACUUGAAAGCAUACAUGAACCUCUGGUCUGGUUUUUUUUUGUUUUUGUUUUUUUUGUGCCACAUAGAGGUGAGGUGCCACUAUGGAACAAAUGAAGACUGAGAUUAAGCCGGAUGUCUUUCCAGCCUUUUGCCUACCUCUGAUAAUGCAGACAUUAAAUAUAAUCAUUCACGAUUCAAAGGCAAAUCUUAAGGUGAAAUCCAGUUUUUAACUCUUUAUCACUGCCCUUGAGAAAAUUGUGGGUAAAAAUCUUAAAUCUUUUUUUCUGACAGGAUUGAGGCCUCUCUGCAUGUAAAGUGUCUUAUAUCAUGUUUGUGGGAAUAAUGUAAGAUUAUGUGUUAGUUUUAAUGCGUCUAUAUAAAUAUUUGUGGUCAGGCUCAUUUUUAAUGGCAUGUCAGAUGUUUGCUUCCUGCGGAAGAAUCCAGAACACGUGGAGGGCUAAUUCUGUUUCUUGUGGGAUGUUUUAGGUGAACUGGUGCUGUCCUGCUUCCUUUCUCAGUGGGUCUUAAUGUAUAAACUCAUGUUUAUACAUUAAUAUACGUUUUAUUUUCUGAUGUUCAGUUGUGGCACGUUGGUGACGUAUCGGUUUCUAAAGCGUCCUCACACUGGAUAAAUCUAGCUGACAGAUGAGGAUUGCGUCGUUUGGACCCUUUAUGCUCUCAGUUGAUGCAAUGAAGUAUUUUUUAUUGAUGUUUCAACAAUGGAUUUUAAUAAGGAAAAGAGACUACUGUUUAAUCCCAGGCAAAUGUUUUUUUCUUUGUUUUUGUCUCAAAUAAAAGGAUCCUGAAUCA